GGAGGAGAGGGCUCGGCCACCCGGACGGCAGCGCUGCGGGGGUGGGUGCGGAGCCCCUUCCCUCCGGCCGGCAGCACAGCGGGAAGCAAAAUGAUGGUCCAACACUCAGGCCAGGUAUCUGCAUUAGAAGUCAGCGCCUCCGCAAUUGUUCCCACUUUGUCCCCUGCAGGGUCACUGGGGUUUGAUGAUUUCACAAAUUUAACCCCACUGGUGAAAGAGGAACUGAGGUUUGCCAUUCAGAACAAGCGUCAGUCCCACAGGAUGUCUUCUACAUUGGACACGGUGACAGUUUCUGACAGGCCAAUUGAAAAAUCGAUCAUGAAAACAGAGUUUUCUCCUGAAGAGGAUGAAAGAAAAAAGCGGAGAAGGGAAAGGAACAAAAUUGCUGCUGCAAAGUGCCGAAACAAAAAGAAGGAAAAAACAGAAUGUUUGCAGAAAGAAUCAGAAAAGCUGGAAACUAUCAAUGCAGAAUUAAAAGCCCAGAUUGAAGAGCUAAAGAAUGAGAAGCAGCAUUUGAUAUACAUGCUAAAUCUUCACAGGCCCACUUGUAUAGUUCGGGCGCAAAACGGAAGGACACCUGAAGAUGAAAGGAAUCUUUUUAUUCAACAGAUCAAAGAAGGCACAUUACAAGGUUAAGUGAUAUGGCAAAUGUGGGAAUGUUUAUAGUGUUUUUAACAACUACCAGAAUCCAUGGAGGAUCUGACAUAAUGUGUAGGAUUCUAUUAGUCAAGAACCUUUAGGAAGGGCAGAUUGCUUUCUCAAGCGGAAAGAAUCAUUUUGUCUUGACAGUGAUUCUUUCCCUUGGAAGAUCUGGUCUCAAUCAAAUUGAAGAGUUUUCUGCCUCAAAUAUAGGUUUUGCACCUGUCAUACUUGCUGUUCCUAGGAGCUACAGACAACAGCUUCAGAAGUUUUAGCUCUCUGCUAGUAUACAGUAUCUGCACUCACGAUGUUUGUGCUAGAACACUAUGACUUCCAACGAUGCACAUGGUACAGACAGCUGUGCUGGAUGGACACUACUUUUCCUUGUUGCUGGUAGAGAAAGCAGACCGAGAGUAUUUUUAAAGUUUUGAAGUUUCCAGGAGGACAGUUUCUGGCGGAAUGUACUGAUAUGUAAUGUUGCAUUCUAACCUGACACACACACACACUCAUAAAUACACAAGAAGUCUAGUUCCAACUAAGCUUUGUCGUUUUUUUCACAACACUUGUGUGGGGUUUUGUCUAUGACUCAUCUCAGAGACUGAAUUUGAAAAGCCUAGUAGGUGUGACAAAGAAAUAUUUCUUGUAAAAUCUUCAUGUAGCUAAGUUUGUAUUUUAUGAGCUGGAACCCCGCCUACUAUCCUUUGGGGACUACUGUUUUUCUUUGAACAGCUGAAGAGCAGCUGGUACCACCACUUGGUGACUCAGUGAACUGGACCCACUGGAAAGAGGAAACUAACUAUGGAGGGAUAUUGAUACAGGUUUUGCCUGAUUAAAGAACUGCAGGACCGAAUCCCAGGCUCAUGAAUAAUGAAAAGUUUAAAAAAAUUACAUUACCUAGGAUCUAAUCCUGCAAGCCUUACUUCAUGCUAUUACCCCUCACUCACAGAAGAGGUUCCAUGGACUUCAGUGGGUCUGCUUAUGCAGUUGGCUCCAAUAGGCAUAAAAGCUUGACAGAGCUUUUUCCAUCCUGGCCAGGAUUACUUUCUUUUGCCAGGUGACUCAGAGAGGAAAAUUAUUAUUGCAGCUACUUUUAUAUUAGGUUUGAGUGGCAACUAUGGUCAAUCAAAAGAGUUACUUAGAAUCUAAAGGAGGAAAGUUUUGGUGUAGUGAAUAACUGUUUUUAUUUUUUAUUAAAUACUAACCUUAGAUGUUUUUGAACUGGUAGAAGGCUGCUGGACAAAAGCUAUGAGUGUUUAAAUUCUGAUGUUUCUGUGAAAUUCUCAGAUUGUUUAAUCCUAUAAAAUAUAUCCUUACAAUUUUUUUGUAAAAGAAAAUAUUAUCCUUAUUUAUCACUAAAUAUAAUGAGUAGAGUUAAUAAAUACUGCGAGCAAGAUAAAACUGAAAACACAAGUGUUGUGCUGUCUUUUUACUUUUAUCUCUUGGUGUUUAACAUUAUAUAUUGCUAAACUUCACCAGUUGUAUUUGAGACACCACUAUUGAAAACACUUAACCUUCAUCUUUUCCACAGAUGAGGCACUGAGUAUCUUGAAUGAUUUGGUGCAGAGAUUACACCUUCCAAAAUUCUGUACCUCAAUCAGUGGUGUCUAGCUGCUCAAUGUCACAACUUAAGUGAAGCAGACAAUAAGAAUGAAACUUACAGGACAUAAUAUUUUACAGCAGUUACACAGUGUUGAAAUUGUGUUUUUGUUCUAAAGGCUAAACUUUAAGAUACCUCAGCCAUAAGCUUCUUACCCUGCAAGUCCCAGAUGAGUCUACCAGAUAUCAUACCUGAUCCUUAUGUGAUCAUUAUAUUCUGCAACAGAACUUCUUAGUACAUUUUCCUAAGAUCUGGAUAUAUUGUAAUGUCCUAUAUAAUGUUUUAAAGAUAUGUACUUCAUGUAUCUGAAAAGUGAAUGUAUUCUAAAGAUGGUCUUUCUGUAUGUUGGAAGAACCUGCCAUUGACUUCAAUGAGAGAUUUAUUCAUGCCCUGUCAGCAGAACUUGGAGCCUCUGCUGUGACUUCCCUGACUUAGAGGGCAAGUUCCAUGGGGAAUUGCGCCAGUUGUUUGACAGAGAAUGGAUAUACAUGAAGUGUGUUACAAUACACUUGUCAAACUAUUGUUAAUUGGUAUUUGAUUUCUGUAAUGUGGAAAUACAAACCUGAGGCAUCGUCCCAUUAUUGUACACCUCAGCUUUGCACUUUGCACAUCAAAUACCAGCAGACAAACUUGCCUCCUAUGCUGUUAUAAAGUGUUACCACAGAGACUAGAAUCUAAUAACAGAAUUAAUGUGUCUCCUUUAGGAAAUUUGUAUGUUGCUUUUAACCGUAUCACUGGUGACGCAGGCGUCAUGCUUUUGUUGCUUAUGUUAUUUACUUAGCAUGCCAAAUGUUAGUAUGGUACCACUACUAUUGUCAAGAAGAUAAUCUAUUUUUAUUUCAUUGUAUGUGCAGUCACAGCUGCUUUUUACUGCUUGUAUGUCUGUGUGUGUGCAUGCGUGCUCCUGCACACCACUCCAGUAAUGAUGGUACUCAAGUUCAUUUGACUGUGCCCAGAAAGAAAGCAGUGUUUAAAACUGCUAGACAGGAGCAAUAUGUUGCAUGAGUUUUCUAAAGGGAUGCUUUAUUCAGGAGAAUCUUGAAAACGCAUUAAAAGCAAUUUGUUUUCUAUUCUUAAGUUUGUUUUGAUACUUUAAUAAAAAAUAAUUACUGUAUA